UGUGUGCACUCUAUAAAUCGGCUAUAAAAGUGUGUGAGGUAAAGAAAACCAAAAUCUAAGCUCAAGAAAACAGUAAGAAAAAGACUCUCAUAGUUCUUUUGCACUUCAACAACAAAUCUUCAUAACUUUCCAUCAACAUUGCAUUCUUUCCUCAAAUGAUUGAGAAGAAUUGAAGAAAAAAAAAAGAUGAGGAAUUAUGAAGCAAUAAAGAGUUUUGAAGAGAAUGAAGAAGAUUUGGAAAUUGGAAAUCAAGAACAUGAACAAGAACAUGAUAAUAACAAGAACCAGAUCUCAGAUUCUUCAACAACAAUGAAACUGAAGAACAAGAUUGUUGUUGAUGAACAACCUAAAUCUCAGCGUUUGCUUUCACUUGAUGUUUUUCGUGGCCUCACCGUUGCGCUUAUGAUUUUGGUGGAUGAUGCUGGAGGACUCAUUCCAGCACUCAAUCAUUCUCCAUGGAAUGGAUUAACAAUAGCAGAUUUUGUAAUGCCAUUUUUUCUAUUCAUUGUUGGUGUUUCACUAGCAUUCACAUACAAGAAACCGUCUUGCAAAGUUGAUGCAACUAAAAAGUCAAUUUUACGGGCACUUAAGCUUCUCGCAUUAGGCAUUUUUCUUCAAGGAGGUUAUGUUCAUCGCGUAAACGAUUUGUCAUUCGGAGUGGAUUUGAAGCAGAUAAGAUGGAUGGGGAUACUGCAGAGAAUUGCGGUAGCGUAUUUGAUUACAGCUCUCUGUGAAAUUUGGCUAAAGCGUGAAGAUAUCGUCAAUUGCGGAUCAACCCUUUUGAGAAAGUAUCGAUAUCAAUGGGCUUUGGCUUUGUUUCUAUCGGUCUUUUAUCUUUGCUUGCUGUAUGGGAUGUACGUUCCUGAUUGGGAGUAUGAAGUUCCAACAGAACCUUCUAAAGCACCUUUGAUAUUUUCUGUUAAAUGUGGAGUGAGGGGCGACACUGGACCAGCUUGCAAUGUUGUUGGAAUGAUCGAUCGUAGCUUGUUGGGUAUACAACAUCUUUAUCGGAGACCAAUAUAUGCGCGGAUGCCUGAAUGCAGUAUAAACUCUCCUGCUAAUGGACCUUUGCCUCCUGAUGCUCCUUCUUGGUGUCAAGCUCCUUUCGAUCCCGAAGGACUCUUAAGUUCAGUGAUGGCUAUUGUUACCUGCUUGAUUGGCUUGCAUUAUGGUCACAUUAUUCUCCAUUUUAAGGAUCAUAGAAUUAGAAUCAUAUACUGGAUGAUUCCAACCUCUUGUCUUGUAGCUUCUGGUCUUUUCUUGGAUUUAUUUGGAAUGAAUGUAAAUAAAGUUCUCUACUCAUUGAGUUAUACUUGUCUCACUGCUGGUGCUGCUGGCAUCCUCUUUGUUGGAAUAUACUUGAUGGUUGAUGUAUGUGGAUAUAGUCGCAUGACAUCGAUUUUGGAGUGGAUGGGCAUGCAUGCAUUAAUGAUUUAUGUCCUAGCAGCUUGCAACAUUUUCCCAAUUUUCAUCCAAGGAUUUUAUUGGGGAAAUCCUCAUAAUAACAUUCUAAAGUUAAUUGGAGUUUGAACAUGAAGGGAAGCAAAUAUGCUAGUGGACAAGAAAAUUAUUAUGUUGUUAAAUGGUGAGACAUAUUUUGUUUCACCAAUGUCUUAGAGUAACAAGGAGGACCAAGCAAUGUUUGUGGAUUUUUGAGACAAAUUUUGAGCUGGUGGUCUUUUUGUUCAAGAACAUGAACAUGAAUAAUGUUUCUCUAAUCUAUUGAUAAAGUCACCUAAAUGGAUGAUGCAUGAUGUAUUUUGGAGAAGAUACAUUUCUUCAUGGCAUAGCUUUUUUUUUAAUUUUUAUAUAUAGAGAAAAAAAGAGCAGCUUUUGUUUAUAGUAUAUGACUGCUAAAUAUUUUGUACUUUGUAUCCUUGAAAUGAUAGAUUUCAAGAUGAGAUAUCAAUGUACAACUUUUGCUUUA